GGACUAUCAAAUCAGAUUUUGGUCCCCAGCUGAAGAGCCUCCCCAGUAAGCAUUUACAGCUGGUGGCUUGGGAUCCUCCUGGCUAUGGCAAAAGCAGGCCUCCAAACAGAGACUUUAACUUUGACUCUUUACGCACAGAUGCCACCAUGGCUGCUGUUAUGAUGAAGAACCUUGGUUACAAGAAUUAUUCAUUUACACUUUUGGAUGAGUGUUGGGGCAUUACAGCCCAUGUUGCUUGCUGCUGGAUUCACCAGCUGUUGAAAAAUGAUUAUAUUUGGAGCAAAUGCCUAUAUUCCUAA